AUGGCCACCCAACCUCCCUUAGAUGAGGGCCAGCCAGUCCCGGAGACCGUCAUGCAGCAAUCCAUACUUCAGCAAGCAGAAGCUGUCGUUGCCGCUCAGACCAAUCCCGCAAGACCCACGAGACAGGAGGCGCUCCUGCAAGAGACUGACCUCAUCGAUGUGGCCGUGGACGACGUGCCCCCUCCUGCUUACGGCGACAUCUAUGGCGAGAUCCGCGACGAAAAAGACGGCCUGGGUGCCCAUGUCACCGACGACGGCCGUGUCAACAUCCGCAUCAAUCAGUUCAACCGCCGUUUGUCCCAGCUCUUUACUCCUGCCUUGCGUCAACACGUCCAGAGUGUCCAAGAUAGUCGCCCGCCUCCUCUCCUUUACAUUCUUCCUUCCUUAGGAGGUGAGGAGGGAGUUCCUCCACCACCGCCCUUGAACGUCGUCAUCCAGGUCGUGGGCUCGCGCGGAGACGUGCAACCUUUCGUUGCCUUGGGAAAAGUCUUAAAAGCCACAUACGGCCAUCGCGUACGUCUGGCGACUCACCCCAACUUCAAGGGUUUUGUGCAGGAGAAUGGCCUGGAAUUCUUCAGCAUCGGCGGCGACCCUUCCCAGCUAAUGGCCUUCAUGGUCAAGAAUCCCGGCCUGAUGCCCGGUUAUCGCAGUCUACUAAGUGGAGAUGUUGGUCAGCGAAGAAGAGAUGUAGCCCGGUAUAUUCAAGGCUGCUGGCGAUCAUGUUACCAAGCCGGUGACGGAAUGGGUCUUCGUGCCACCGACAAUGACCUUUCCGAGCCCUCUAGGAACGAUCCUAGCCCCGAGCCUACAACAAGACCCUUCGUCGCCGACUGCAUCAUUGCCAACCCCCCAAGCUUUGCCCAUAUCCAUUGCGCAGAGAAGCUAGGCAUCCCUCUCCAUAUCAUGUUCGCUAUGCCGUAUUCUCCCACCCAGGCCUUUCCCCAUCCGCUGGCCAACAUCCAAUCCUCCAAUGCCGGCCCUCAACUCACUAAUUACAUAAGUUAUGCCAUGAUUGAAGUCCUCAUGUGGCAGGGCCUAGGUGACAUCAUCAACAGAUUUCGCGUGAAGUGUCUCGGUUUGGAUCCCGUGAGUCUGAUCUGGGCCCCCGGGAUGCUCCAGCGUCUCAAAGUCCCUCACACCUACUGCUGGUCUCCGGCCCUGAUAGCCAAACCGAAAGACUGGGGCUCUCACAUAUCCAUCUCCGGGUUCUACUUUCUCAGCGCGGCCUCUAACUACACUCCUACCCCUAACCUCCAGGCAUUUCUCGACGCCGGUCUACCCCCCGUCUACAUAGGAUUCAGGAGCAUCGUUUUGGACGACCCCAAUGCGAUGACGGAGCUUAUCUUCGAGGCCGUGAGGAAGACUGGCCAGCGUGUACUCCUUUCCAAGGGCUGGGGAGGCAUGGGCGCGGACGAGGUUCGUAUCCCCGACGGCGUCUUCAUGCUAGGCAACGUGCCGCAUGACUGGCUGUUUAAGCGCGUCUCGUGCGUCGUUCACCAUGGCGGCGCAGGAACAACGGCGGCAGGCAUUACCGCAGGCCGGCCGACUUUGGUUGUUCCCUUCUUUGGAGACCAGCCUUUCUGGGGUACCACGGUUGCGAGGGAAGGCGCCGGCCCAAAUCCGAUCCCUUACAAACAACUCACAGCGGACAAACUAGCCGAUGCCAUCACCUUCUGCCUGAAAUCCGAAAGCCUGGAACGCGCCAAAGAACUCGCAAGCAAGAUCGCCGCGGAGCGAGGCAGCGACAUGGGUGCUCAGUCGUUUCAUCAAUAUCUCGAUGUCGACCGACUCCGUUGCACCCUUGCACCAUGUCGAGCCGCUGCGUGGCGCAUCAAGCGCACCCAGGUCAGGUUGAGCGCUUUUGCUGCCUGUACUUUGGCGAAUGCAAAUCUUGUGGAUUUUCAUGAUUUGAAGCUCUUUAGACCACAAGAAUACUACACCGACGAAGGUCCUUGGGAUCCAAUAUCCGGAUUUGCUACGGCAGUUUUUGGGGCGAUCAGCAGCAUGGCGAUGGGGGUAGCCGAUUUUCCAUCGGAGACGUUGAAAGCUUUGCUCAUUCCGUUUGGGUCCAGCCGACAGCAAUCCCAAGCAUCAGUGCCGACAAUGGCAAGGAAAAGCGAGGCCUCACAUGUGGAGGAAAGAUUAACACCGCCAACUUCGCCGGAACAAAGUCAGACGAGCUUGAAUGUGCAGGAAUCUCUCGCUCGUGUUCGGAGCCCUCUCAACCUCUCCGGUCUGUCAACUCCCACUUCGAACAUCGGAUCAAGCUCCAUGUCCGAUGCAUUGCAAGGCAAGUUGGGUCCCAAACAAGACGACGCUGGCCGAAGUCGAGUCCGCAGUCGGAAUGAAACCGGCUCCGGCAAGGACCAUGACAUGCUGCGCCAGACUGGCGUGCACACGAGCAAAGGCUUCGGGCGUAUCGUAAAGGCGGCUGUGCAGUCACCUAUGGAACUCUCAGUGAGCAUUACAGAAGGGAUUCACAAUGCCCCUAAUCUUUGGGGAGACGAUACCGUGAGCCCUCAACAACAAGUCAGCGAUUUCAAGUCAGGCGCCAAGGCAGUAGGAAAAGAGUUUGCCUUUGGCUGGUACGAUGGCGUUACUGGCCUGGUCACUCAGCCCUGGAAAGGAGCCCAGAAAGAGGGUACUAGCGGCUUCCUCAAAGGAAUCGGCAAAGGGAUCGGAGGAUUUGUAACCAAGCCAGGCGCAGCCCUCUUUGGUAUCCCCGGUUAUAUAAUGAAGGGGGUACACAAAGAGGUGCAAAAGUUAUUCGGCAGCAAUGUGCAGAACUACAUCAUCGCGUCCAGGGCAGCUCAAGGAUACGAGGAGUGGCUGCAGAGCUCCGAUGCAGAAAAGCAAGACGUCAUCGUUCGUUGGAAGCUAAUCCAGAAAUAUCUGAAGAAAAAACGCAACCCUGACGAGAUGAUGCGAGAUAUCCUGGAAGUACAGCGAAAGAUGGACAUGGAGGACAGAGAGGCCCUUCAAAACUGCGGACGCACUGCGAGCUCCGCCCAGUCCGCCAACAGUGCAGAUGCUUCGACCCAAGAUCUCGAAUGUGUCAUGCUCGCCCUGGGUGGUUCAGAGUCCCAUAUGCGCCCUGCCAAUACGGCCCCCGAAGAGUCGCUGGGAGCGGCUGAUAUCAACGAAACCAUCCGACUGUCAGUCCAGGAGAUGUCACGUGGAGACGCAGAAGAGGAUGCCAACGCGGAGCGGGCGAUUCAGGAAAACGUGUCUCAGCUUCAGCGCCAACGACAAGAAGCUGCAGAUCACCAGGCAGAUCAGGAGAAUUUGCGCCAGGCGAUGACUAGCGAAGCCGAAGCUCGGCGACAUGCACGCGAAGCAUUGGAAUAUGAGGAAGAGCUGAAGCGAGUCAUCGCGCAAAGUCUGAGGGAACAGAGACUGAGGGGCAGCGACAGUGAAUGGGAGUCGGAUAUAGGUCUCGAUGACGAGGACGAGGAGCUCGAGCGGGCAAGGAAAAAAUCUGAAAAGAUGGCGGAGAAGGUAGCAGCCGUGGCUAGUCGGCCACUAGGCGUCCAGCAAUCCCCUUCGUAUGAUCCGGGGCAUCUCGCGGGCACCACGCAAAGUGAGUUCGAGGCGCAACAACAGGGACAUCAGGGGGAGAAAACGACACAAGAGAAGACGGAAGAAGAGAUUGUGAUGGAGUACGUCAAGAAGCAAAGCCACUUGGAACAGGACUAUCAGAACAAAGGCAAGGGCCGUGCCACUAUGACAGAGGACAAGGACGAUGAAGACUUGCAGAAGGCAUUGAAGCUCAGCAUGCAAGGACACGAACAUGAUGCGGGGUAUCGGAAGGCGAAGGUCAUGAGCUAUGAUGACCUUGAGGAAGCACGAGCGAAGCGUGCUGACAAAGAGGCUGCAAAAGAAUCCAAAGAAGCCAAAGGGAAGGGCAAACGUGGUCGGAAGCGCAAGAGUGCUGCGCUAGAGGCAGAUGCGCCAGAGCCAAAUGCGAAGGUGUUACGGAUGAGCGAAGCGCCUGCGCCAGCGAGAGCCUCCGUGGGUGGUGCAGAUGAGCGGAACACCGGUUGCGGAAGAUGA